AUGAGGGACGGGAGCUGGAAAAUUCCUGCAGCUUGUGCAGCAGCACAGAGAGCUGUGCUGGCUGCUGCUGUGACACGAGAGGAUCUCGGCUGCAGACCGGUCCCCGAUCUGGCAAACAAGGGCCACGGGUACCGCAGCGGGACCAUCAGCUGCAGCUGUGUGCUCGUCCGGCUGCCGGGUGGCUGCAAAGCUCCUGCCGUUGCCAUAUCCCCCCCCCGGCCCUGGCUGCUCCCUGGGGCUGAGAUGGGUGCUGAUGGGGGGAAGAAGAGUGGCUGUGCUCCCUCUCCUGAUGACAGGAAAGCUAAGAGGAAGCCCAAGAGAAAGGAAACCUACUCAGUCUAUAUCUACAAAGUACUGAAGCAGGUACACCCCGACACUGGCAUCUCCUCCAAGGCCAUGAGCAUCAUGAACUCCUUCGUCAACGACAUCUUUGAGCGGCUGGCCUCUGAGGCCUCGCGCCUGGCGCAGUACAACCACCGCUCCACCAUCACCAGCCGCGAGGUGCAGACGGCCGUCCGCCUCCUGCUGCCUGGCGAGCUGGCCAAGCACGCCGUCUCCGAGGGCACCAAGGCCGUCACCAAGUACACCAGCAGCAAGUGA